ACGUAGUCUAUGGCUUCGAAGCCCUCGCAAUAGUAUUUCUUCAGCAGCUCUGGAGUUUGUUGCUGGUAGAGAUAUAUUCCACACUCAACCUUUUAAAUGAUGAACUGGAGGAAUUAUUUACUCAUGGUGCAACCGCUCGGCGUGACGGACACGAGAAUGAAUACGUCCACCACCUUAACCUGAGCUACGACACGAUAUGCAACAUAUUGAUACAAGUGGACAAGAAAAACGGACCCUUUUUGCUGUGUGGUUUCAUAUUGCUAUGCAUGCUUUUGUUGGUAGCUCCAUAUAAUGUGAUUGCAGCUACAUUAUGUACUAACUGUAAGAAUGAGCAAGAGCGGUAUGUGUCAAUAGGAGUACAUUUAAACUGGUGUCUGCUACACUUGAGCCACCUGGUGGUCUUGGUGGAACCAUGCCACUGGCUCCUGAAACAGAGGGAACGUACCAGCCGCCUGUUAAGCAAGCUGGUAUGCCACGCCGACCGUUGCGGCCUCAGCCGCAUGACGCUGGAUCCGUUCCUACUACAGACUCAGAUGCACAACUGCACACUGGCACCCUGCGGCGUGUUCACCAUCACGAGGCCUCUUAUGGCAUCGGUUCUAGGAGGCGUCACUACUUAUUUAAUUAUCAUUAUUCAGUUUCAAACCAUCACCGAGACAAUCUAACAUACAAC